GGUGGAGCAGCGGAAGCGAUUGCCGGCAGCGCUGACAGCACAUUUUCUCUUAUUAAUAAUUGCCUGGAAUAGAUAUAAAACAUGCCGGCAUACCAUUCGAGCUUGAUGGACUCCGACACCAAAUUUGUGGGGAAUAUGGCCCUACUGCCUCUAAAAACGCAGUUUAAAGGACCUGCUCCCAAAGAGACCAAAGAUACAGACAUCAUUGACGAGGCCAUCUACUACUUCAAAGCCAAUGUCUUCUUCAAAAAUUACGAGAUCAAGAGCGAAGCGGACAGAACGUUGAUUUACGUCACUCUGUACAUUUCAGAAUGUCUGAAAAAGCUGCAGAAGUGCAGCUCCAGGGGUCAGGGAGAGAAGGAGAUGUACACUCUGGGAAUCACUAACUUCCCUAUCCCUGGAGAGCCAGGCUUCCCCCUCAAUGCCAUGUAUUCCAAGCCCACCAACAAGCAGGAGGAGGAGACUAUGAGAGCCUACCUGCAGCAGAUACGGCAGGAGACUGGCCUGAGGCUGUGCGACAGGGUAUUCGACCCCCAGACAGACAAGCCUAGCAAGUGGUGGGUGUGUUUCGUGAAAAAGCAGUUCAUGAACAAGAGUCUCUCAGCGCCAGGGCAGUAGAUGACAUCUCAAGACUGUUCCCUUUUUUUGGCUGAAAGGUGUAUGGGUUGCUCUCUGCAGAUGCGUGUCCAUGUUUGUCCAAUUGAUAACGGUGUUUUUGUACCAUGUUUAGUGUAUAAGUAACAUGCCUACAUGGAUGGCUGCUUCAUCAGUUGUGCUCAGCAGCUGGGGUUCAAUGAAAAAGGAAAU